AUCACAAUCACGACUCCCUUCGCGAUGCACUUCCUUCCUUCCUCCGCCAUGCAGCGGACACAAUGAACAGCUUCAACUCCCGACCGUUCGCUCGCAACACAUCCAAAACAUUCCGCCCCGCAUUCGAUUACCUGACCAAUAUUUCGCGCUCCGUACAACUCCCAACAACGUCAAAACAAACCUCGAAGUUCUCGACCUCCACAACGCACCGCCGAAAAACGACCGCGGACUCCAUCGAUGACAUAGACGACGAUAUCGAAGCAGCCAAUAUGUCCAAUUUACGCUCGCAUUCGCGACACACCUCCCAAGAAGCAGGCGCCGGCCUCGCGCCCGCCAUUCCCCUCAUCGACGUCGCCAGCCGCUCCACGUCCCCCAUUCCCUACCCGCGCUCCCGCAGCGCCGCGCAGAGCGAGGACGAGGAUGAUGAAUACGAGCUCAGCAGCAGCAUACGACCGCUCGUUGGCGGCGGCAGAAACGCGCAGUAUGAGCGCGGCGGCUGGAAGAUGAUUUUUCGGCAGGGCGGGCUGGGAGGCUAUUUAUUUGGCACGUGGCUGGGCUGGCAGAUUUGGAUUGGGAUACUGGUGUUUUGGGUAGGCGGGUGUGGAUUUGGGCUGUUGCUCAUGAAUCGAUUCAUCAUGCUUACGGGGGUGUACAAAUUCCCGUUUCCCCUAGCUGGCACGUAUGUCCAGCUCAUACUCACACAUGUCUUGCUCGUGGGUUUCUCGAGCUUGACGCGCGGCCUCGGUAGCCCGUUGAGACGCCUGGGGCUUGGUGCUGCUGUUGCGCCAGCAAUUCCAGUUGCGCCACAGGGUGGAGCGUUCAGGAACGUAACUACGAAGUCUGGCGUCGCGAGGUUCCUGCGCUGGCUGAGCAACGGCACCGGAGGCAUCGCUGGUGGCGGCCUAUUUGAGUUCGACUACAACAUCGCGAAACAGGUGCUCCCUCUCGCUGUCGUCUUUGUUGUCAAAGUCUUGCUCAGUAACUUCUCCUUCGCCUAUGCUCCCCUACCCGUCUACCAGCUUGCGCGCAUCGGCGUAACACCUCUCUCCCUGAUCUUCUCCUGCGUCUUGCAGAAAGAAACCAUCUCUGGCUCCACACUCUCCGCCGCGCUCAUCGCGACCCUGAACCUCUUCUUCGCGACCCUCCGCUCCAACGUUCGUGUAACAUGGGAGUCCAUCGUCGCCGGUGUCUUCUCAUCCUUCUUCGCCGCCCUUUAUCCGAUCCUCCUGCUUCGCACAUACCGCACGCUACUCGCCGGCCUCAUCCCGCAAGGCGACGUUUUGAGCGGCUACCCCACACGCAGCGAAGAAGAUGCGAACCGCGAAGAGACCCGUGCCUACUACCGCACUCUACACUACACCUCCAUUCUGUCCAUCGCGCUCCUCACCCCCAUUAUGCUACUGAGCGGCGAACUCGGGAACAUCUUCCACAACAUUCCCUUCCUGGACGUCCCGUUCUUCUGGCUGAUGAUCUGGUGCGGUGCGAUCGGCAGUUGGGCGGUAUUCAGCAGCACGCUCGUGCUAGUCAAGGCGACAAGCCCGCUGUCCGCGACGUUCGUCAACGUGCCGAGAAGUGGCGUACAGCUUACAUUGCUCAGCAUGUUCAAGAUGCCGGCGCACAGCUGGGUGGGCGUUGUGCUAUGCUGGGCAAGCAGCGUGUGGUUUGCAGUCAGUCGGCGGAGGGAGAGCAAGACGAGGGUCAGGCUCGAGGGGCGUUAGGUACGGCUCUCCAUAGAAAUGGUCAGAAACAAAGCUUUAAUUUUUGAAAA